AUUGGGCAUCUUUUCGGAGAACGCAGAGCGGACUGUGUAGAGAGAAGUGAAGCUGGCGAAACUGCCUCCACCGCUCCCUAGGGACUGAUGAUGUGGCGACCAUCACUUCUGCUGCUGAUGUUGCUGCUCAGGCGCGGGGCCCAGGGCAAGCCAUCCCCUGACGCAGGCCCUCAUGGCCAGGGGAGGGUGCACCAGGCGGCGCCCCUGAGCGAGGCCCCUCAUGAUGACGCCCACGGGAACUUCCAAUACGACCAUGAGGCUUUCCUGGGACAGGAAGUGGCCAAGGAAUUCGACCAGCUCAGCCCAGAGGAAAGCCGAGCCCGUCUGGGGCGCAUCGUGGACCGCAUGGACCGUGCAGGGGAUGGGGACGGCUGGGUGUCGCUGGCCGAGCUCCGUGCUUGGAUCGCGCACACGCAGCAGCGGCACAUACGGGACUCGGUGAGCGCGGCCUGGAGCACGUACGACACGGACCGCGACGGGCGUGUGGGUUGGGAGGAGCUGCGCAACGCCACCUAUGGCCACUACGCGCCGGGUGAAGAAUUUCACGAUGUGGAGGACGCCGAGACCUACAAGAAGAUGCUGGCUCGGGAUGAGCGGCGUUUCCGGGUGGCGGACCAGAACGGGGACUCGAUGGCCACUCGGGAGGAGCUGACAGCCUUCUUGCACCCCGAAGAGUUCCCUCACAUGCGGGACAUCGUGAUUGCGGAAACCCUGGAGGAUCUGGACAAGAACAAAGAUGGCUACGUCCAAGUGGAUGAGUACAUCGCGGAUCUGUACUCGGCCGAGCCCGGGGAGGAGGAGCCGGCCUGGGUGCAGACGGAGCGGGAGCAGUUCCGGGACUUCCGCGAUCUGAACAAGGACGGGCGGCUGGACGGCAGUGAGGUGGGCCACUGGGUGCUGCCCCCGGCCCAGGACCAGCCGCUGGUGGAAGCCAACCACCUGCUGCACGAGAGUGACACGGACAAGGAUGGGCGUUUGAGCAAGGCCGAGAUCCUGAGUAACUGGAACAUGUUCGUGGGUAGCCAGGCCACCAACUACGGCGAGGACCUGACCCGUCACCACGACGAACUCUGAGCCCCCGUGUGCCCACUACAGCCUUGUUGCCCCAGGGGACGACCCGAGGAGGGGGCCCCCCAUGGUCAGGCCCCUCUCCCCAUCUGGACCUGCAGGGUGUGGACGCCCGCACCCCGUGUCCCUCUGCCCCUGAGCUCUCAGGGACCCACCAGGUCAACUUCUCCAAGACACUGCAGUCCCUCCCAGCCCUUCCCACCCUGACCCCGGGGGUCUCAUAGACCCAAAGAGUACGUGAACAAUCCAUUUCUCACUGGCAGAAUUGCCCAGCCCAGACCAGGGCCCCCCAUACCCAGCUCGUCUCACUUGAGCCGCACACCAUACAGCAGAGAAACACCCCGCCACUGGCCCCUGACUCGCCCGCCCGCCCGCGGGCACUGCGCCCAGAAUGCCUCCUCUGCCAGGGAGGCAGUAAA